AUGAGGGUGAACAAGAAAUACUCUUGUCUACCUGCUGAGGAGAAGGGGAUCCACAUUAUCAACAUCCGAGCUAUUGAGGAUAUCGGCUAUGACCAGCAUGAGAGUACAUUAUUAAAUUCCCUAUCCAAAAAUCCAGAUGCUGACUGCAAAUAUGGACUCUACUUCAGAGAUGGCAAGAGAAAAGUAGACUACAUCCUAGUUUAUCAUUACAAGAAGUCCUCAUCAGGGAGGACGCUCGCCAGGAGAGUUCAUCACAAUGAUUCAAGUGCCCGAAGCACCAAGCAGGACCAGCCGCUUCCUGGGAAGGGAGUGCAGCUGGAAAUGGGGGAAAGCGAACCUCACGUGGAUUACCACGAAGACGACAAGAGGUUUCGCAGGGAGGAGUACGAAGGGAACCUCGUGGAGGCCGGUCUGGAACUGGAACGUGAUGAGGACACUAAAAUCCAUGGGGUUGGAUUUGUAAAAAUACACGCACCGUGGAAUGUGUUGUGUCGAGAGGCAGAAUUUCUUAAGCUCAAGAUGCCCACAAAAAAGAUGUAUCAGAUCAAUCAGACCCAUGGUCUUCUGAAAAAGAUUAACUCUGUAAUUCAGAAAAUAACAGAGCCCAUCCAGCCGAAAGUAGCAGAACACAAACCUCAGACAGUGAAGCGCCUCUCCUACCCCUUCUCCAGAGAGAAGCAGCACCUAUUUGAUUUGUCUGACAGAGAUUCCUUCUUUGACAGCAAAACGAGAAGCACUAUAGUUUAUGAAAUACUGAAAAGAACAACAUGUACCAAAGCAAAAUAUAGCAUGGGGAUCACCAGUCUGCUUGCCAAUGGAGUUUAUAGCGCUGCAUAUCCUUUGCAUGACGGUGACUACGAAGGUGAAAACGUUGAACCUAAUGACAGAAAACUCCUGUGUGAGGAGUGGGCGAGCUACGGAGUCUUCUAUAAAUAUCAGCCAAUUGACCUGGUGAGAAAAUACUUCGGAGAGAAGAUUGGACUAUAUUUUGCCUGGCUGGGAGUUUAUACGCAAAUGCUUAUUCCAGCUUCGAUUGUAGGGAUUAUCGUUUUCCUAUAUGGCUGUGCAACUGUGGAUGAGAAUAUACCAAGUAUGGAAAUGUGUGACCAGAGAAACAAUAUCACCAUGUGUCCCUUGUGUGACAGAACGUGCAGCUACUGGAAGAUGAGCUCUGCUUGCGCAACUGCUCGCGCAAGUCAUCUGUUUGAUAACCCUGCAACUGUCUUCUUCUCAGUGUUCAUGGCUCUCUGGGCUGCCACCUUCAUGGAACACUGGAAGAGAAAACAGAUGCGUCUCAACUACAGGUGGGACCUGACUGGGUUUGAAGAGGAGGAGGAGGCAGUCAAGGAUCAUCCAAGAGCAGAAUAUGAAGCUAAAGUUUUAGAAAAAUCACUGAGAAAAGAACACAAACAUAAAGAGAAGCAUCGGUAUUUUCGCGAAGAGACAGCAAACAAAUGGAGACAAAGAGUUAAGACAGUCAUGGCUGGGGUGAAAUUGACAGAUAAAGAAAAGCUGACGUGGAAGGAUCGUUUUCCAGCCUACUUAACCAAUUUUGUUGGCAUUAUCUUCAUGGUUGGGCUGACGUUCGCUAUAGUGUUUGGAGUCAUCAUAUACAGGAUCUCGACUGCAGCGGCGCUGGCAAUCAGUUCAACGCCCUCAGGCCGGUCGAGCGUGAGGGUCACCGUCACUGCCACUGCAGUCAUCAUCAAUUUGGUCGUCAUCAUCAUCCUGGAUGAAGUAUACGGCUGCAUCGCAAGGUGGCUAACUCAGAUCGAGGUGCCAAAAACUGACAAGAAUUUCGAAGAGCGGCUCAUUUUUAAGGCUUUUCUGCUGAAAUUUGUGAAUGCCUACACACCCAUUUUCUAUGUCGCUUUCUUCAAAGGCCGAUUUGUUGGACGUCCAGGAGACUACGUCUACAUUUUCCAUUCUUUCCGAAUGGAGGAGUGUGCUCCAGGUGGCUGCCUGAUGGAGUUGUGUAUCCAGCUCAGUAUUAUCAUGUUGGGCAAGCAGCUGAUUCAGAACAAUUUAUUUGAGAUUGGCAUCCCAAAAAUGAAGAAAUUUAUACGAUACAUGAAACUAAAGCGUCGGCGUUCUUUAGACCAUGAAGAGCACGUGAAAAAAAAGCAGCGUUACGAAGUGGACUAUAACCUGGAGCCUUUCGCUGGACUGACCCCUGAAUAUAUGGAAAUGAUCAUUCAGUUUGGGUUCGUAACUUUGUUCGUUGCAUCCUUCCCGCUGGCGCCUUUGUUUGCUUUGUUGAACAACAUCAUUGAAAUCCGUCUAGAUGCAAAAAAAUUUGUCACUGAGCUGAGGAGACCUGUGGCAGUCAGAGCAAAGGAUAUAGGAAUCUGGUAUAAUAUCCUCAGAGGUAUUGGAAAGCUUGCUGUCAUAAUAAAUGCAUUUGUGAUCUCAUUCACAUCCGACUUCAUUCCACGCCUCGUGUACCUGUAUAUGUACAGUGAGAAUGGCACCAUGCAUGGCUUCGUGAACCAUACACUAUCCUCUUUUAAUGUCAGCGAUUUUCAAGCAGGAACAGCUCCCAACGACCCCAUGGAUCUCGGCUACGAGGUUCAGAUAUGCAGAUACAAAGAUUAUCGAGAACCCCCUUGGUCCGAAAACAAGUAUGACAUUUCAAAGGAUUUCUGGGCUGUCCUUGCAGCAAGAUUAGCCUUUGUGAUAGUUUUCCAGAACUUGGUCAUGUUUAUGAGUGACUUUGUUGACUGGAUUAUCCCAGACAUUCCCAAGGACAUUAGUCAGCAGAUUCAUAAAGAGAAAGUUCUCAUGGUGGAGGUCUUCAUGAGAGAAGAGCAAGGGAAGCUGCAAAUGCUAGAGACCUGGAAAGACAAGGACAAGAAAAAAGGCGAAAACUGUAACAAUCACAGCCCCAGACUCUCCAGGAGCCACAGUGGGAGCUUGUCCUCCUGCCAUUCGUAUCCUCUUGACGUAUAGAAGAGGAGGGAGUUAGUACAUCGGGGCAUUCCGCUGAUACACAAGCCAUCGCGUAAAGGGCAGGACUCGAUUAAUGGACAACCGGGUGCAUGUUGAAGGAUGUGCUGCCAUUUUGCUCCCAUCUUUGUGAGAAAUGCUCUUCUUACAAAUAUGGAGGACCACAUUCUAUUUCUGAUCAUGUUGUUUUUUUCUUUUGCACAAGCAGUAAUGCAGGGAAUUUUUAUAUUUCAUUGAUAGGUAACACUAUU